AUGGCGAUGUCCAAUUACGAGACGAUCAUCUGGGAAGAGAAGAUGAAAGAACAGAUCAAAUAUAGCUUUUCCGCCACUGCACUCUUCGACGUCCUCCACACUACUGUCGAAGAGUUUUCCAAAUACCCUACAGUCACACACCACGAAAUCCACCUCAUCGUAUACAAGUCGCCAUCUACGAACAGCGGUUUAGAGUUUGUCAUCACUAUGCAGUGUGAGACUUUCACUCUGGGCCUGAAAGCUCUUCUAGGACAAAUGCAGGGCCAGUUGGGCAGUAGUAUCGGUAAGUUACCCAGCCGCCAGAUUUAG